GGCUCCGUACACUGACUGUAGGUAUACGCGUUCGCGCUCGCCACUGUGGAUCACGGCACGGUAGUCACACUCUUGAGCUGGUUGAUUAAGUUUCGAUUUGCUAUCGGGGAACCGCGAACGUAUAUGACUGAUUGAAUUUGUCGGUCGGCCGUCGUCUGUCUGAACUUGAUUAGGGCUUUUUUGUUAGUACCGUUCUUAGUGGAGAGUCGAACUCCCGGGUGUUCAGAAGAAUAUGUAUACCGUGUCCAAAGGGCCCAGCAAGCUGGUGGCAAAAACGCGACGAGGUAUUCCACAGAACUAUGAAAAGUUCGAGCUGAUGCGUGACCUGGGCAAGAAGAGCAGCAACGGCGGUGACUGUGAUAUGGCCAGUGAAGUGAGCAUACCCCGGCCGGUGUUUCAGACGACGAAAAAGUCAUCGGCGCAUCGAGCGCAGCAACAGCAGCAAUCAGAGCCAGAGCAUCUCAGCCCGCAGCACGAAGAGCUGAUAAAAUAUAUCAAUGACUCGUGGAACAUGGUGAUGGCGUCCAAUCCCUAUGACGUCCCAGGAUCGCCAGACAGUAUGAGUAAGGCGACUAUGCACACUCUCGUAUAUCUUUCACAGCUAAUGUAUGAAUCUCAUUCGCUUUCAGGUUCGAACACCUCCCUCUCAUCAUCCUGCAGCACCAGUUCGAUGUCGUCGAAUGGUUCCAACAGUAGUACCACCACCCUGUACUACAACGACCCGCCCAGUCCGGUGCUGGUCGACUUCAAACCGUUCGAUCUGGAAUCCUGGUGGGGGAGGAGAAUAUUCAACAAUAUUACCAAAAACCUGUGAAAGUCUGAGUUGUAACAUAAGUAGAAGCAAGACAGCACAACAAAUCGCAUAAGAAACCAAAAUACACACACAGUUUUACACACAAGACAAGACAAACAAACAAAAAGAAUACUUAAAAAACCUAUCGUGAAACUAAUCAACCUUAUAGGAUACACACUAUAUGAAAAUCUGUGAAAGCAACUAAUUCGGAAUAUUAGCGGUACCUUUCGAAACUCUGAUGGGGCGUACAGAGCAACAGUUGGCGGAAAUCAAAUGGUGCAUAAUUAUCAGUUCAGAAUCAGUAUGCUAGAACAGCACAUAGCGAAGGAGUAGCCUGUAGGCAUUAAGGAAACAUCAAGACACACAGGACAAGAAGAGAAGUGGGGUGCAAGCGGCGCGGCGGUUGACUUCUAGGGCGUGUUUCUGUGAUCAGCUUUAGCAAGCAUUUAGGAAUGUCAGCACGAUUGAAAGCGUCUUGUGCGAAUGGGUGAUUAUUGAAUAGCUGCUGGUUUGGUUUCCUAUAGUUUUUAUGUUUUCACACCUGAUCAUCAAAUUGGUUCCUAGUUCUCUUGCCAAAAAACAAAUUAUUUUAGAGCGGUACCAUCAAGUCCAUUUGUCACGUUACUCUGGACACUACGGCCUAAGAUUUCACGCUUAAUUUGUAUGUUUUUUUUUCGUUUAAGAACAGGGGGAAAAGCUAGUUCAUAGUUGGGAUCGUUCUCCAAAAAUUAGUCAUAUGUAUCUCAAAUUGGAUUAGGAGAAGGAGUACAAACCGUGAACCUU